GCCGUGACAUAGCUAGUAACUAUAGCAUAGGCAGACCGCCAUAUGAAGUGAAUUACUGCUUUACUACCGGAUGAUCGGAUUCAAUGCCUUGAUCUUAUUGGCCUUACCCAGCUCUUUGCAGAAAUGGGGUCACGUAGCACUUGAUAGAAUUGGUUUAUGGCAAGCAAGGUCGACCUAUACUGUGCAACAAAAGCUCCAUAAAGGCUCCAUAUCAAUAGGUGCCGACUUUUUCCAUAAAUACCUUGGAUCCUUCGCCGAUACUGGGCAGAUUCAGCCAUCACUUUUGUUAAACAACGAGCAAGAUUUCACAACACAUCCUCUAAGAAUUUCUCUUCAAGUCACACAAUGGCCGCUGUCACAGUCGAAAAAUAUGCCCAGGAGCGGAACAAACGAAUUCGCGCCGAUGGAACUGCCCAGUACAUCAACCUCGAAGACACCAGCCUUGGAGAUCUAGCUGCCGAUCCAUGGGUGGAUUACAACGCGCUUGCAUCUCAGCAUCCACCUCUGGAAGAUGGUGGUGCUACGAAAUUCCUUGUCAUUGGUGCAGGCCACAAUGGCCUCCUGUUUGCGGCCCGUCUGAUUGAUGCUGGCUUUGAUCCCAAAGACAUAGUGCUUGUGGAUAUUGCUGGCGGAUAUGGAGGCACCUGGUACUGGAACCGGUACCCGGGCCUUAUGUGCGAUAUCGAAGGGUACUGCUAUCUACCCUUACUCGAGGAGACAGGCUAUAUCCCAAAGCACAAAUACUCUUUUGGCGACGAGAUUAGAGGCCAGUCAGAGCGGAUUGCAGCCCAAUAUCGCCUUCAAGCCAUGUUCUCCACCAAAGUUGAUAAACAAGUCUGGGACGAGACAAACGGGCGAUGGAUUGUAGACCUAACCCAAUCCUUUGGGAAAGUUCGGCCCCCAAGAACUAUGACGGUACAGGCCCAGUUUCUUUUCACCUGUGGAGGUAUACUUGCUGUCCCUAAAGUCCCAAAAGCUCCAGGCUUUGCCGACUUCAGCGCUCGCAACCAGCUUUUUCACACCUCCCGAUGGAACUACAACAUUACUGGUGGCAGCCAAGAGCACCCGGACCUUACCAACCUGAAAGAUAAGCGUGUGGCCAUCAUCGGAACCGGGGCCACCUCAGUCCAGGCUGUGCCGCAUCUUGCCAAGUGGGCCAAGCAUCUCUACGUGAUCCAGAGAACGCCCUCAUACUGCGGCGAGCGACGGCAACAGGACACAACGCCGGAGUCUUGGGCCAAAGUGGCCACAGGCCCAGGUUGGCAGCGACGGAGGAUGGCCAAUUUGGACAGUUUCUUGACUGCGAACCCGCAGCCCAUUGACCUCGUUAAUGAUGGCUGGACGAGAAACCAAGCUCGUUCCGGCGUGCUCGGGAGCAACUCAAGGAUAGUGGACCCAGCAGCAACAGGAGAGCACAUCAAUGCACUCUUGAAGAUGGACACGCCCAUUGCCGACGAACUGCGGGCUCGCAUCGAUCGGGAGGUUCGAGACGUAGCAACUGCCGAGAAACUUAAACCCUGGUAUCCUGGGUGGUGUAAAAGACCCACCUUCAAUGACGACUACCUCGAGACCUUUAACCGGAGUAACGUCACACUCGUGGACACGAACGGCAAGGGCAUUGAUCGAUAUACGGAGCGCGGCCUUGUGAUUGGGGGCCAAGAGCUGGACAUCGAUGUACUUGUUCUCGCUACUGGAUUCCACCUCUCGACUCAUCAGGGGCCCGAGGACAGGAUGAAUGCCCCCAUAACUGGACGUAACGGACGCCAUCUGAACGACAAGUGGGAAUCCCUCGAUUUCGGAACCCUUUUUGGUGUUGCUGUCAACGGUUUUCCUAAUCUUUUUGCCUUUUUCAAUGCUGGAAAUUCAACCUCGUUUAACUUCACCUCUCUAUUGGACGAGAAUGCGCGCCUAAUUGCACAUAUCAUUGCACAGGCUACACAGAAGUCAUCUAAGCCCGAACGUCUAGUUAUUGAGGCCUCUAAAGAUGCCGAAGACAAGUGGAUGGAGGAAGUCGUGAAGCGCGCAGGGUGGUACUCAGCUCUGUCCAUCUGUACACCUUCCUACUUUACUGCCGAGGGACGAGCGACUCUGGAGCCACAGACACCUGAGCAGGCUCUGAUUGCAAGCCGAAAGUCUGCCUGGGGGACAGGCCCUGAUGACUACCAACGUAUUGUAGAAGAAUACAAAAUGCGGACGGAGAACAAACUUGAAGGCUUUUCUGUCUAUGAGGUAUAGGGUGUAUUUAUAUUCUUAAAUAGAUUUUUAGAAUAGAAGUUAGAAUCUCAGCUCA